GCUACGUAGCGAAGGGAAGGGAAGAGAAAAGACGCAGAAAGUCCCAAUAGUGACAGAGAAAGCAACGUCCAUCCAAUCAAAUCAAAACUCCCAUUGCAUAUUCAUAACCAACAUCAUCCAUUGGUUUAAAUUUUUUAUUCUAAGAUUUACAAGUAUAAGUCAGUCCUUGUUGAGUGUAUAAAUAGAUGGAUUGGAAAGGGCCUCUAACUCUUACUCUUGCCAUUGCCCUUGUUAAUUAAUUUUAAAGAAAAUUAAUUUUGGUUUGAUUUGAAGUGAAUGAAGGGUGGGGGUGGUUCGUUGAGCUUCCCGGCGGGUUUCCGGUUCCACCCGACGGACGAGGAGCUGAUGGUGCACUACCUCUGCCGCAAAUGCGUUGGUCUGCCCGUCGCAGUUCCUAUUAUUGCCGACCUCGAUAUCUACAAGUUUGAUCCAUGGCAGCUUCCCGAUAUGUCGUUAUAUGGCGAAAAGGAGUGGUACUUCUUCUCACCAAGAGGUCGCAAGUACCCGAAUGGUUCGCGGCCAAACAGAGCAGCCGGGACCGGCUAUUGGAAAGCCACCGGGGCCGACAAGGCUGUAGGGAAGCCUAAUGUACUAGGGAUCAAGAAAUCACUCGUGUUUUAUGCCGGAAAAGCUCCCAAGGGAGUAAAGACCAACUGGAUAAUGCACGAAUAUCGCUUGGCCAAUGUUGAUAGAUCUGCCGGAAAAGGCAACAAUUCCCGGCUUGACGAUUGGGUAUUGUGUCGAAUAUACAACAAGAAAGGAGCUUUAGAGAAGGCCAACCACAAGCCAAACAAUGUGAGCGCGUACAAUUGCAACGGCGAGCAAGUAAUAGAUUUGUCACGAGGAAUGAAUUGUUUCACCAACAUCAACCCAUCCGACUCAAGUAGCUCUGAGCACAUUGCUUCGAUUGAGUUUAAGGAAGUCGAGAGCGGCACCAAGUGGAUCGGGUUUGAAAAUCCACUUGAAUUCAAACCAGAAAAGUACGAUUUUAGGGACGAUUCUUUUAACUACCAAGAGAUCAUGCAAUAUGAUCAGGACAUGUUUGGUUACAUUCAUAAGCCUUUUUGAACAACCUAGCAAGGAUGUUACAUUUUAUAGCAGAGCCAAAGUUAGUUUAAUCAAUGGCGGCAAGGAUGUUGUUCCAUCUAAUCUAUUAGUAAAUUAAAUGCACCGAAUCGAUUUCGUCCGAUCCAUUUUAUAAUUGUCUAUUUAUAGAAUCGAAAAAUGAAGGUUUCGAUGAAUCGGAGACGAAGAAGAUAAAAUUCAGGGGAAU